GAUCCCAUUAAUGUAACAAAUGUCAUACAAAUUUCAUUAUAUCUCGUGAGCCUCACAUUCAUCAUUCAAUACACAUUCAACAGAUGUGAUAUUUGAUGCUCAGUAUGAUCUUCUUCUACCGGAAUGAUCUACAAUGAAGUAUAGGGAGAUCCUCUGCACAUUAUAUUCCUCAAGCCUCGAUCCCUAACUCUCAUCUCUUUCUUAAAUCUUUGCAUGAAUUUCAUCUGAACUUCGACCAUUUUAAGUCCUAAUCUACCUCCAUAUGCGGAAUAUCCGAACCCCUCUAUUCUGUCAAAUGAGGUAAAGAUUUAGAUUUUCUGUCAUUUAAACACGCAGGAGAAAUUUCCUUUGCAUUGUACGACCUAAGGGAAGUGUAUUUAGAUAUUCUUUGACUAGAGCCUCAAUAUCUAUCUGGUCGGUAUCGUAUCUAUCUACAUUUCCUACGUGUGCAUACAUAUAUACAUACAUACUUACUUACUUCUGUAUACAUACACACGUCUGUCUCUGUAUACAUAAAACUUCACGCAUACCUGCUACCAACCUGUUUAUCAUCUAGAUUUUUCAAAGUCCCUCCAAGAAGAAAUAAAAAUGAAAUAAUGGUUAAUAUCAUCCUAUCACCUACAUUGUCAACUGGAAUGUCUCCCUCCUCAUCAACCAGCAAUUUUUGCGGUCUUCCUCGUCCCUCAAUUUCCCACUCUCAUUCCAAAUCCCACGAUCCAAUAUCAGACGCAAGUUCCACUACCUCCUCCAAAUUUCGCAAACAAUUGGUAGCAAAUGCUCGACCUUUACUACUCCGACGUCGAGAUACCACAAAUACAACUCACAGUAUUCCAUCCAUAAACACCAAAUCCAAACUCAGUACCAGUACCAGUAGCAGUACUUCCUACGAGGACCACGCCAACAACUAUCAUCAUACCUCCUCUUCCUCCUCUUCUACCUCACACAUCCCACCAUCACGAAACCUAAAGUUAAAAAAAUCACAACCACCAUACACCAAUUCACCCAGUUUUUCUCUCCGCCUCAAUAACAGCAAUAAUCCCAAACGAGAAUCUACAGAAUUUCAAUGGGCGCGCGAAGAUCAAUUGAGUGUGAUUCUCGAAUACUUGGAUGAAACACGAAGUAUCAGUAGCCAUACGACCAAUCCCGACACUGCCGAUCCCACCUCAAUACCCAAAACCCCACCUCUCGCGAUUCCAGAAACCAUCAGAGAAAUUUUGAGUCCAACGCCUACUUCUACAUCUUCACCUCGUACACCCAGAUUUGAUAAGAUAGGUGUGAGAGAGCGAGCGAGUAAUUCGAAACUUCCGAGCUAUUCUUCUUAUUCUCGAAAUACGGGGACUGCGGAAACCCCGGGUAACAACACGGGUAUAUCAACAACUACAUCCACAUCGACACCCGAACCAACAAAACCUCCAAACCUAAUAAGAAGAAGCGAACAAACGACUUCUGAUUUGGAAGAAAACUCCAGAGAUAUCAGAGGAAAUCUGGCACCACAGGAACAAAUCGAUUACACGACUUCGGCAUUGGGAAUUAGAAUGGCUAGUUCGGGUGGUAGUGAGAGGGGAACCUCAGAGGUGAUUCCGAGACCAAUUGCGCAUCCACCAAAAGAUGUAUGUUUUUUUUUUUCUUUUCUUACUGUCUUCCUUUCUGAUUGUGCAAUUGGGGAAAUGAAUGGGAAUAGUGAUAUGGGGGCAAGCCCCCAAACCCCCUUUGCUCGCUGCGCUCGAUGAUUUUAUAUAUCCUGCUAGCUGCGAGUCUGCCUCCACGGCAGUGGCCCCCGGAGCGUCAGCGGAGCGUCAUUUGCAAGACUUUCUUUUGAAUAACAUUUUAUUUCAAUUGGUUCAAAUAUCUCCAAUUUCUCAACCUAUAAACACAAAUCAUACCCCGCAAUCUCCAUUUCCCACUCAAAAAAGAAACACAAUUCUAACAUCUUCUUUCAACAAAAAAGCUCGAAUCAAUCGCUCGUAUAGAUUCCUCCCUAAUCUUCGAACACUUCACCACAUCCGACGCCUGGGUUCUCGGCUCCGCAUUACGAGAACGUCUCCUUCCACAUCCCACCCCCGUCGUCAUAAGUAUCUCCCUCAGUAACGCCAAUCAAAUACUUUUCCACUGCUGUACACAUAGUGGUACCAUGCCGGAUAAUGAUAGUUGGGUCUCGCGAAAACGGAAAACGGUACUGAGAUGGGGAGUUAGUACUUGGUAUAUGUGGUGUAAAUUUGAGGGGGAUGAGGGCGCGUUUGCGAGGAAAUAUGGAUUGGGGAAUGAGUCGGGGGAAUAUGCUAUUCAUGGGGGUGGUGUACCCAUUAGGGUUACGGGUGUGGAGGGAGUGGUGGCUUGUGUGGUUGUUAGUGGGUUAAAACAGUGGGAGGAUCAUGGGGUCAUUGUGGAGGUUAUUAGGGAUUUAUAUUAUUGAGGGAUGGUAUGUGGGAGGGGGGAGUCUACGAGAUUGAAAUCUUGUGAGAGAAGAUCGGGGUGAGCAUCUGAUGUUUUCAUACCCAUUCCCUAUUUGCAUAUAACGAAUAGCAUAACUGAAUGAUUCAGCUUGGGUUGCUUGUUGGCGGGUUAGGUUGGGCUGGUAUGGUAUGAUAUGACACAGUUACUUUGGAUUUGCAUUAAUUAUUUCACUCGCGGUAACAGGCGCAAAAAGUUGAUAGAAAAGAAAGAAAGAAAGAAAGAAAGA